AUGGAGGACCUCGACUUCUGGCCCGAGCCGGAACCCGGGCCGUCGCGCUCCGCCCUCUCGGACUCGACGUUGGCGCCGAAAGCCAUUGCAGCGAUGACGGGCGCGCUGUCUACGUCUUUGCUGAUGACACCCUUCGACGUCCUCAAGACCCGCCUGCAAACCGUCCAACCGCACAUCCCGCUGCCCAUCGAAUGCUGCCAGACGCCGCUCCUCACGCCCUCCGCCGACGUGACCUGCGCGACAUCCACCCUCCCUCGCGCGCCCCCACGCCCGCAGCCACAAGCGGUGGCGUACGCGCUCGCGGCCCCCGAGGGGUGCUACCACCCCUCGAAGUGGGCGGGGAUCUGGGGGGAAGCCGUGAGCUUCGAGGAGGCCAUGACGCGCGGCUUCUUGCGGGGGUACGCGGACGAGCGGCCGCGCGGCUUCUGGAGCGAGCUGGCCGCUGUGCGGCGUGACGCGGGCGUGCGCGGUCUGUGGAAGGGCGUCGGCACGACUCUCACGAUGGCCGUGCCGUCCUCGGCGAUCUACAUGCUCGGGUACGAGUACUUGCUCGCGCGGCUCGGCCCGGUCUUCGCGGGCUCGGGCGCGGGCGCCGACGCGAUCCUCACGCCCGCGCCGCUCAUCGCGGGCUCGCUCGCGCGCACGCUCAGCGCGAGCAUUAUAUCCCCGCUCGAAAUGUUCCGCACGCGCCUGCAAGCGCUGCCGACGGACGGGCGGCCGUCGCCGACGUACGCGUCCACCGGCCGCGACAUGCUCGCGCUCGUGCGCGCCAAAGGCCCCGCGAUCCUCUGGCGCGGCCUCGGGCCCACGCUGUGGCGCGACGUCCCCUUCUCCGGCCUGUAUUGGGCCGGGUUCGAAAUCAUCAAAGCGCAGCUCGCCGCGGGCGGCGCGCCGCUGUCGCCGAUCGCGACGUCGUUCGUCGCCGGCGCGACGAGCGGCACCCUCGCCGCACUCGUCACCCAGCCGUUCGACGUCCUCAAGACGCGCAGGCAGGUGUUCACCCCCUCACCCGGGUGUUCGCCCGAAGCGCUGCGGCAUCGCGCGAGCACGUUCCCCCUCGCACUCCAUGUCGUGCGGACCGAGGGGUGGGGGGCGCUCUUCGCCGGCGUCGGCCCGCGCUGCGGGAAAAUCGCGCCUGCGUGCGGCCUCAUGAUCGCCUGUUAUGAGGGCGUCGGGCGAUACCUCGAGGGAAAGAAGGUGGGGAUCGCGUAG